AUGGAUCACGAAAUAGAAAGGACAGUCAGGAGCUGUACGCAGUCUCAGCUCAACUCCAGAAUGCCACGGGCGGCUCCUUCACCUUUUUGGCAACGUAGUCACGUUCCAUGGGACACUGUGCAUAUGGAUUUUGCUGGUCCUGUGGACGGGACUACAUACUUGAUCGUUAUAGACGCUCCUAAAUGGGUGGAAGUACGGACAAUGACAUCUACAACGACAACAGCACUUAUCGAGACCUUGCGGCCCAUUUUCGCUACCUUUGGAAUACCACGACUACUGGUGACGGACAACAGUACAGCGUUCACUUCGCGAGAAAUGGCUGUCUUCUGUCAAAAGAAUGGCAUUCGUCACAUCACCUCAGCGCCCUUCCAUCCUGCCACAAAUGGACAAGCUGAACGGAUGGUGGCGGAGACGAAGUUUGCGCUCAGGAAGCUCACAAAGGGCAGUAUCGUGUGCCGUCUCGCUCGAUUCCUGUUUCGACAGCACACCACCCCGCACACCACGACGGGAAGAUCGCCAGCAGAACUAAUGUUCGGCCGUCAACUGAAAACAGCACUCCACGCUAUUCACCCAACGAGCAACAACUCGGGUAUCCACGAACAGCCCCCAAAGGACGCAAAGGUGUACACCGUCAACCAGCGAGUGAUAAUGCGAAAUUUUCAGGGCAAACCCCAUUGGGUGCAAGCGGUAGUGCUCCGACGUGUAGGACCUCGCUCAUACCUUCUCCGUACAAAGGAUGGCAAGCUACGCCGAAGACAUAUUGACCAUUUACGAGACUUUGAGGAUGUACCAACGCAGUGCAGCGCUGCGGAAAUGACAGCUGCACACACCAUCCCCCCGCCGGCUGCAUCAGUCUCUCCGACCACCAACGAACCGACAGCGGAACACCACAGACAGACUGCCGACAGGAUUGCCGAGCCCACUGGUAGAGUUCGCACAAAUCGACAAUCUAAACUUCCAACCCGUUUCAGAGACUUUGUUUUGUACUAA